AUGGCGCCCAAAGGACUCGCAAUCAUCAUCGGUGCAGGGCCUACUUCCGGCGCAGGGAUCGCUCGAAUUCUAGCCAGCCCCCAACAUGGCAACUUGGCAGUUGCGCUACUUGCCAGAAACCCCGAAAACCUCCAGAAUCUUGCGACCGAUCUACGCAAGUCUUCCAAUGGCAUACUCCACCCCUUUCCUACAGACACUGAGCCCGAAAACCUCCGGCGGACUUUCCAACAAAUCGCAGAUCAUGCAGACUUCAAAGAUCUCAAGCUCAAGCUCGCCAUAUACCACGUCAAGAACUCGAGCAGGAAGCCAUUCCUCGAAGAAACGCCAGAAGCUUUCAAUGACAGCAUGAGCACCUUCACAACCGGAGGCGUUGUAUUUGCGCAAGAAGCGUUGAAGCUUAUGUACGCACAGAAUGGAGGGCAGACGCUUCUUUCCGAUACUGAGGGUGCGAAGAAGGGCACCAUCAUCUUCACGGGCACUUUGGGAGCCAUGCGUACAAAUCAGCAGUACGCUGCCUAUGGUGCAUCUCGAGCAGCCGCGAGGAUGGUAGCCCAGGCUAUUGCAAAGGAACACAGCAAGUUUGGUGUACACGUGGUUCAUGCUAUUGCCAAUGGCGGAAUUAUCGAUGAAGAGAACGAGAACACCAAGACCGGCAAGCGGAUGCGCGCGGAAGAUGUUGGAGAGUUGUAUCUUUGGUUGUCACAGCAGCCGAGCUCCCUCUGGACGCAUGAGUUGGAUAUGAGGCCGGCACAAGAGACUUUCUAG